CCUUGAGGGUGUGCGCUAUUUGAGUUCGAUCACAUUUUAGAUUGGGUUUUCCCGUAAGGGAAUGGAACUUUGUUAACAGAGCUUUACCAACCAGUUUGAACUUCCAGUCCGCUUGUACUACUAACUAGCGAGUCAUCUUUAGUAAUGGCUUUCCAGUUGUAUUCAAAUGAAUUUCGCUCAUUUGUAUUGCGUAGAUUUCUCACAACUUCUCUUGUUAGAAACAAAAAAGAAGUUAGGUAUACGGUAGAUAAAAACGUAACAACGGUUGAAGGAGUACUUGUACCGUCAGAACGUGAAGGCAAAGUUAUAUGUUUGGACGGUUUUGGCGACCCUAGAGAUAAAGAUCCGAUUAGUCGACUGGGUUUAAAUAUUCGUCACACAGAUGUUCGAAUAUUAUCACAAUUUUUAAGACCUGAUGGAACUGUUCUUCCUAGACAUAUUUCUGGUAUAAGCCGUCGGUCACAAUCCCAUUUGGAACUAAUGAUUGAACGUGCAAGGAAAGCUGGAUUAUUACCUAUACGAAUUGAACCAGAUGGAACUCACGUGUAUGAAGACCGUGGUCGUCAUUGUUUCAAUGUGUACUAUGAUAGUGAGAUGAUAGGUCUUCCAAAAGCCUCUAAAAAAGCUAUCAAAUAUGUUCCUCCUGAGUAAUAUAAUAAAAAUUUACUUUCAUUG